UACCUCGUAAUCCCCUCCCGACCAUGGACAAAAUCACCGACAAGAUCGCCGCCCUCCCACCCAACGCCAACUACUUCUCCCUCGAAUUCUUCCCGCCCAAGACCCAGCAGGGUUUCUCCAACCUCAAUGCGCGACUCUCCCGUAUGGCGCACUCGUUGCGACCCCUCUUCGUCAACGUUACGUGGGGUGCGGGAGGAAGCACAUCCGCCAAAUCGCUCGCACUCGCAGAAGUCACGCAACGAGAACUAGGAUUGACGACAUGUUUACAUCUGACAUGUACGAACAUGUCGAGGAAGUUGAUCGACGAGGCGUUGGAGCAGGCGAAGGUUUUGGGUGUGAGGAAUAUUCUGGCGCUGAGAGGAGACCCGCCGAGGAGCGAUGAGUAUCGCGACAAUUCAUUACCGAAUGCGGAUGAGGAUGAUAGCAACAAGGACUUUACGUGGGCGGAAGAUCUGGUGAGGUAUAUCCGGAAACAGUAUGGAGAUUACUUUUGUGUUGGUGUAGCGGGAUACCCAGAAGGCCACUCAGAUCAGUCAUGUCCGGAGCAUCAGUCGAUGGAGCAUGAUUUGCCGUUUUUGGUGGAGAAGAUGAAAGCUGGUGCGGACUUCAUCAUGACACAGUUGUUCUACGAUGUGGAGGCGUAUGAGAGGUUUGAGAGGAGGUUGAGGGAGCAUGAGUCGGGUGCGUUUAAAACGGUGCCUCUCAUACCUGGAUUGAUGCCAGUGCAGAGCUAUCAGAUAUUGAGGAGGACAACGAAGCUCAGUCAUGCUGCUCUCCCGGAAGAGAUGUUGAAAAGGUUACACGCGGUGAAAGGAGAUGAUGAGGCUGUCAAGAGGGUUGGAGUUGACGUUUUGAGUGAGAUGGUAGAGGGCAUGAAGAGUAGGAAAGGCAACGGUCCGCAGGGUUUCCACUUCUACACACUCAACCUGGAGAAGGUUGUUGCACAGAUUGUAGAAAGGACCGGUCUGAUACCGCCGGAGGAAAAGAAGGACGAGAAUGCAGUGGCGGACGAUGAGGUGGGUGAUUUCGUGCUAGUGGACAAAGAUGUGAAGCAGAAGCAACGCCGGCGCAAGUCUUCGAUGGCCAAUUCUCAAUCGCGGAAUCGAGUGAUUGUCGCACGAACAAGAGCGUCGAGUAAUAGCAGCACGCGGACCUCCGCCGCGCAUGAAGUGCCGGACGAUGAAGCGGGAAUACCACGUGAGAAAAUCAACAGUCGUAGCAACACACUUGCGAUCUCAGAAGGAGACGGUGCUCUAGGAAGGGAGGCGACGUGGGACGACUUCCCAAACGGCCGAUUUGGAGACGCACGAUCACCAGCUUACGGUGAGAUUGACGGCUACGGCGUGAGCCUUCACGUCAGCGUACCUGAUGCGAAGCGACUCUGGGGCGAGCCCAAGACCAUCGAGGACAUCUCAACCAGCUUCCGGAGACAUCUGUCAGGUGAGAUCGAGGCGAUACCCUGGUCCGAAGAGCCCCUCCAGAACGAAACUCUCACCAUCAAGGACCAACUCCAAAGCCUCAUCAAUCGCGGCUGGUGGACUGUCGCUUCCCAACCCGCUGUCAAUGGCGUACGCUCGACCGACCCAGUCCAUGGAUGGGGUCCCAAGAACGGCUUCGUCUUUCAAAAGCCAUUCGUCGAGUUCUUCAUCCCGGCAUCAGACUGGAGUGCCCUACAAGGCAAAUUGGUCGAACACCCGCAAAUCACCUACUUCGCCGGAAACGCCAAUGGCGACUUUGUCUCUUCCGGCGAGGACACCGUCAAUCCAGUGACGUGGGGUACCUUUGCGGGCAAGGAGAUCAUUACGCCGACGAUCAUCGAAGCGGUGAGUUUCAAGGCGUGGUGUGAGGAGGCGUUUGGCAUUUGGGCGGAGUGGCAGAGGGUGUAUAAGCCUGGGAGUGAGAGUAGUCGUUUGUUGGAGAGGAUAAGGAAGGAGUACUGGCUGGUCAGUGUUAUUCAUCAUGGGUUUCUGGAGGAGGGGGCGUUAUGGAAGGAUCUGUUGGAGGCGUAG